AUGAAAGGUUUGAUAAAUCAGUUACCUUACAUUUGGGGCGUAACCGAUGAGGUCAUUGGUCGGAUUGUUGACAACAAGAAGUUUCAGUUCCUGUUCAAGACAGAAGAAGCCAUUAACAGAGUUUUGCAAGAAGGCCCUUGGUCAUUUGCUGAUUGGAUGAUCGUUGCUAAACGUUGGGACGCUACUGUUACGGAGGAAGACUUAAAGAUUGUUCAAUUCUGGGUCCAGGUAAAGGGUAUCCCUCCCCAUUACUCAUCAAAGGCAGUAAUCAAGUUCAUUGGAGACGAAUUUGCCGAAGUAGUAGACGUUCAUUUUGAGGACUUCUCAAACCUUACUGAUUCUGUGUGGGUAUUAGUUAACUGGAACGUUGACAACCCAUUAAUUUUCAAACGUAAUUUUGAAUUUGCUGGUGGGGAGAUUGUUAUGCUUUCUUUUAGGUAUCAUCGACUGAAAAAUUUCUGCACUAAGUGUGGUAUGUUUACACAUGACGAGACGGUAUGUCCUCUGCAAAUCCAUGGUGAUGCAAACAAUAAGUUAGGUGAUGAUACCACUGAGGACAUAGCUACUGGGUCUGGCAUGUAUAUGCGAAGACAGAUCUUUACAAAUGCCUUUACUAAUAGAGGUAUGAAAGCGGGGCCAUCUGGUGUAGUAUCUGUUCCCAUGACUGAUACACCUCGUGUUGAUUGUGAUCAACUUGCUGAAACAUGCCGAUACCUAAAAGCUAAGCUUUGUAGAGGGAAGUUUCCUUGUGGAGAUAAUUUGGGUAAAGCAGUUGCUACCCAUCAGAUUGGAGGCUGUGAAGAAGAUGCUGAGUAUAAUCCUCUGUCAACAGGAACGGAGUCUUAUUUAAGAACCGAGGCGGUGUAUCAUCCCAUGGAAAAACGUUCUCAUGAUGAUGUUUUUGGCAACGCUAAUACAGAUGAAACUCUACAAAUAGAUCGUGGAAGUGGUUCUAAACGCAAGCGUGAUGACUAUGUAAGAGAUAUGUCUUCUGUGGUUAUGUACCCUGUCUGUGAAAUGAAGUCUAAUGUUGGUGAUUUGGAGAAACAGGGUAAGGUUCUGUACACAGAUUGUAAAGUUGAUAAAGUUGGAGAUAGUGUUACUUCCUCUGUGCUGGUCAUGAACUCGAAUAUCAAGGUUGAAGAAUGUGAAUCCGUUGGUUCUUCUGAAUAUAUAAACUGA